GUUUCGAGAUUAAAGUCGAAAUGUUUCGAGAUUAAAGUCAAAACAUUUUGAGAUUAAAGUCGAAACAUUUCGAGAAGUCGAAACACUAGUAAAGAACUGCGCUCAGUCGAACUUCUGACAUGGAUCUAAACAUAUUGGUAGCGUUUUACUUUUAUCUGGGAUUUCAGCAAAAGGAAAUUCUACAGGUGCUCAUCUAUCAACAUGGCAUUACAAUUUGUCUCAGGACUUUACAAAAUAUACUGCGCCGGAAUAGACUUUACAGGCGAAAACACUUUUCAGACUGGAUGGAGGUAGCCAGCUUUAUAUCUGAUGAAAUCGCGGGAUCCGGACAAAUGAUUGGAUACAGGAUGAUGCACUUAAAAUGUAUCCAGAAUGGAUUUACGGUGAAGAGGGAAACAGUAAGGUUACUUUUAAGUGUUCUCGACCCAGAUGGCGUUGCCUAUCGGCGAGCUCGAAGACUCCGCCGAAGGAGGUACCACAAUCCUGGUCCAAACUUCAUGUGGCACGUUGACUCGUACGAUAAACUUAAACCGUACGGCCUCUGUAUUAAUGGAUGUGUUGAUGGAUUCUCACGUAAUGUCAUGUGGUUGAAAGUGUAUUUCACCAAUAAUGACCCAAAAGUCAUUGCAUCGUAUUUUAUUGAGACUGUAAAGAAUAGAGAUGGUUGUCCUAGAAGAAUUCGUUCUGAUCAUGGCACUGAAAACGUUGCGAUGGAGCAGAUGCAGAUCUUUCUUCGACGAGAUGCUACUGAUGAAUUUGCUUUUCAUCGGAGUUUCUUAUACGGUUCAAGCAAUCAUAAUCAAAGAAUCGAAAGCUUUUGGAGCAUACUUCGGAAAGAGAACAUUCAGUUUUGGAUGAACUUUUUUCAGGCUUUAAAAGAAGAAGACUAUUUCAGUGGGGACUUCCUUGACAAAUCAAUCGUGCAGUUUUGCUUUACAACACUUGUACAGGAUGAACUUGACAGAUUUGUGCAGAUGUGGAAUGCACACAGAAUCCGAGCGCAACGGAACAUUACGGCACCUCAUGGGCGUCCAUCCAUAAUGUAUAUGGCUCCUCAUCUUUAUGGAUCAGACGACUAUCUUUUCCAGUGCAAUUCUUUGGAUGUUCAGAACUGCCAGGAGGAGUGUCACAUGCUGACGUACCCAUGUGAUGAGACAGUGUUCGAACUUUGUUGCCUGUUAAUGGAGGAACUUCAUCUUCUUCCUCCAGAGGAUGCUGAGGAGGGCAGAAACCUGUACAUUAUACUUAGACGGGAGAUACUAAAUUUGAUGUAACACACACACACACACACACACACACACACACAUAGAUCCCUGUGACAAGCCUGUUUUGUGUUCUGUGCACUUAUGAAAUAAAAGGGAUUAACUGCUCAUCUGGACCCAUAGCAUGCAGAUGAACUGUACACACAGUUAAGAAUUGAGCUACUAGAGAAAAUGUUGAAAGAAAAACUUUUAAUAUUGGUUUUACAAUGAAAAAAAAAAGAUAAUUAAAUUUGAACCCAGAUCAGACUGUAUUGCAGAACUGUAAUGCUGCUACAGUAUAUUGUAUUAUUUUUGAGCUAUAAGUGUAAUAAACUUUUUUAUAUAUAU